AUGCAUUCAUCUCUGCAAUCAAAUUCAAGCUCUCGUCUUUAUCUAAACCCAUGUAAAUCAAAGUUAACACAAUAUCCAAUCUUCUUCCAUUUUCCCCAAUCGAGAAAACUCUCAGAUAUCCCCAGAAAGUCUCUGAGAACUUCAAUUGAUUUCGAGCAAGAAGGAGUUUCGAAAGAGGAACAACUCGUCGUGCCCAGUAACGGAACUCUGCUUCCGAUUGUAAUCAAAAACUCCGGCAGAGUUUCUAGAUACUUACUCAAAGGAGAUUCCUUGGAGUUGGUAUGCGUCGAUGAAGACUAUCAUGAUGAUUCGACGCCGUUUUCAGCUCCUGGCCUCUGGAAAUUGAUCAGACUUUCAUCUUCCGCUGCUAAAGACUUUUUCAUACCGAAACAAGUGAAUGAUAAUUAUAUAAGUUAUGUCAAAUGGAAGUUUUUGCACAGAGUUUUCAGCUCUGCUCUUCAGGUUCUUGCCACUCAGGCUAUGUUUAGAGCCAUAGGAAUUGGACAGUCUCGGUCACUUGCUUCGUCUGCUGCUUUUAAUUGGAUACUGAAAGAUGGGCUUGGAAGGUUAAGUAGAUGUAUAUACACUGCAAGUCUUGCUUCUGCCUUUGAUACAAAUCUGAAGAGAGUUAGGUUCUCGACGUCUGUGCUCUUUAGUCUGAGCAUUGGAGUUGAGUUAAUGACUCCAGUAUUCCCACAAUACUUCCUUUUGCUCGCUUCCAUCGCCAAUAUUGCGAAACAGAUUAGCCUGUCGUGCUACUUAGCAACCGGUUCAGCUGUGCAUAGGAGCUUUGCUGUAGCGGACAACCUCGGUGAAGUCUCUGCAAAGGCACAGAUUCAAACCGUGUGUUUCGAUAACCUUGGUCUAUUACUUGCGGUUCUUCUUAACAUGCUAUUCCGGAACAACCAAAGACUUCAGGCAAGUCUACCUUUUGUUCUGUAUCCGAUAUUCUCAGCGAUUGAUCUUCUUGGCAUUUAUCAAGGACUCAAGCAUAUCAAUCUGCAAACUUUAACCAAGAAUAGGCUUGAGAUAAUUCUUGAAAGAUGGAUUGAAUCCCGGCGAGUACCUUCUCCUGCUGAAGUGAGCCAAGAGGAAGGAAUUGAUCUUUUAGGAAGCAGAGCUAGUAAAAAGGUUUGGCCUAUCAGAAUUGGAUGCUUAGAUCCAAAAGCUCAGAUUCCAAAGCUAUCGAUAAUGGGAAUGCAAUCACUCUGCAAAGAUGAUGGUUACUUCAUAACCGUGGCACUUUCUUCUCAAGGUUUCAGAAGAACACCAAAACCCGGGAUCGUUAUUUGUCUGCGUGAAGGAGCCAACACUGUAGACGUUAUCACGAGUUUGUUACAGGCAUGUUACAUACGUAAAGCCUUUGGAACCAGUGGAAUCAAGAGAAGAGACGUGUCAAUUUCAGUAGAAGAUUGGUCUUUACUCGUAGGAGAGAGCAAGCGAGCUUCACAAGAUGAUUUUAUCACACUGAACAAACAAAUGCAAGAACAAGGUUGGAUUGUGAAGAACGUCUUGUUAAGUGCACAAGAGCAAGUUAGAUACAUUUUCGACAAAAAACUGUAA